AUGGCGUCGGCCGAUGGCGUGGGCGACAUCACCGAGAGGAUCAUGGAGUUUCAGCGGCGGGAGUAUGCCAUGCUUUCGCGCCUCGCGCAGCGGGAGCGAGAGAUGACGAAGCUGGGCCAAGAGUGCGCCGAAGCCUUCUAUGCCUUCGACGACAAUCGCAAGGAUUCUCUGCGCGGCGGCUACGUGGAUCCCGCGGUGAACAUCGAGAUCACCCUCCUGCGCCAACGGCUGCGAGAGAAGGAUCAGGAGAUUUCGCAAGUGCGCGAGGAGCUUCAGAACGCGCAGUUCCAGCCCAACAGCAUCCAGGGCAAGAAGCUGCUGGAUAAGUGUCAACACCUCAUGGAAGAGAAUGCCGAGAUCGCGCGGCAACUGAGCGAAGAGAAAAUGCAGGUGCUCCGCAUUCAGCUCGCAGCCGAGCGACGGAAGCGCUUGCAGCUCCGUCAGAGGAGCGCCUUUUUGGAUCGGUAUGCGGAGCAGGCCGACCAGGAAAACGAGAAGAUGGAGAAGAAGAUCACGGACCUCGGCCAAAGCUUGAAAGAGACCCGGGCCGAGAUCGAGAAGCACAAGAAGGCCCUCAACCCGGAGCUAGAGCACCACCGAGAUAAUGGAAUGUCCCCCACGCGCUUCCCCGGUGCCUACCUGUAA